AUGGUCAACUUAGGAUUUGUCACAGGCUUUGUACGGCCGUACCCAGGUACGAGACGCGAUGGUCAACUUUUUGCUGUGCAACAUACCUCAUUGAUUUUGGCGUGCAAGCCAAGUGACGUUUUGUCACUUGGCUUGUACGCCCGUACCCAGGUACGGGCGUACGAGCCAAGUGACGUUUUGCAACAGGCAGAAGCACGAAAGAUGGCGAAAUCCACGAAGACCGAUGUGGACUUGAAAGCACAUUUGGUGGAAGCCAUGACUGCAUGGACAGCUUCAGAUGAGGGAAGGCUUGGAGAGCCCUUGGGGUCAAAGUGCCCAGUCCGACCAGUGGAUGAACUCAAGGACUUGGUCUCGAAGAAGACACGAGUUCAGACUGGGGGGUCUUGUGCAAUGCUGGCCCUCGGUGAAAGGGCAGUGGGCGUAUGGCAGACUCGCCGGAUCGAGACUGUCUUGAUGAAGUGGGACGGUGUUCCAGGGAACUUGGGCCACAUCAUUCCCACCUUGAAGGUGAAUUCGGAUCUGUGGGCUUCAGACACUGGCACGAUCAAAGACCUGCAGCGGCUCAACGGCGAUUCCGAGUUGGCAGCUGCGCUUCUGAUAGCCUAUUGGUUCAGGAACAACAGUGACAUUUGCCACUGGUUGAAAAGAGAGCUUGCAGACAUCGUGUUGGAAUUCUACAGCUACGGCGUGGGCUCGCAGUUCGACUUAGCAAAGUUCGGUCUGGUCGAAGAGGAAGAACGGGACCGGCAAGUCAUUGGACUCGGGGCGGCCGACAAGUGCCUUGUCCUAGCGAAGAUGGUGGAUGGCGCAAUGACCGAAAUGGCCCUGUCGGAGGACAAGGCGAUCGAGGCCUUGUUGAGCAAAGGGAACUACAUGAACCUCAGCACUUGCCAGCGCUACACCAACAUGGGCAGAAAGCUGAAGGAGCUUCCAGCUGUCAUGGAGGCAUUGAACACCAUGUCCCACCGCUUUGGGCGUGAUGGUCCCCUUGACGGAAUCACCAACCUCCGCUCCCUGUUCUCACUGGGCCUCAACUCCGAUGACAUGGUCUUUGUCAUCGAGAAAGCUUCUGGUAUCAGAAAAGCGUUGGGCCCCGUGCGCACUGGCACGAUUCGGUUUGACGUGACCAAAGUUCUGAAGGCCAUUCUCGUUCGCAGGGACUACAUGGUGCAUUUGCGUAACCAGUUUCCCAACAUGGCUAGCUACAUGCAUGACCACGGAACGUUGGCAUGGUACACACGAACCUUCGGUCUGAACAGUCUCGGGGAAAAGGAUGGCCAAAGAGUUGAAGAGCAAGAUGAAGAGGAGAAUGAGCAGGACCAGCAAACACAGGCCAGUAGCUUUAUGUCCCUGAAACCCUUGGUCACCUUCGUGGAGAGAAUGAUGAGGGGGACCUAUGAUAUCGCGCUGUGCAAGCUGUCAGGGGAUUCGAUUGCAGGGAAAUCAUUGAACCUUGGGUCCCAGGAUGACAACAUGAAGAGCAUCAUCAGUGACAUCUCCGCGAAGUAUGCCUUGGACUUCCCCGCCCCCAAGGAGAAUGCCCAUGAAGCUCGCAUCACACAUGCUGACGGCAUGGAGGUGAUCAAAUCGACGGUGCAGGACAAGGCAGACUAUGAGAUCGAGUUGGACAAGUACCUCAAGGCCUCUGCGGAAAACGAAACCCAGCAAAUCAAGGAGUACAUCAUGUCCAGGAUCGCCUUUGUCAUCGACGACCUGACCGACGACUUGCCAAGCAAAAUCGCAAAGCAGGGCCUGGCAAAGGAGAGCAAGAGAAAGAUGUGCAUCUACUCUACAGAGCUUGAUGGCCCUGUGGCAUGGCAGCAGAUCAAGGCACGCAGGUUGAACCCAUUUGGGGGAACUGGUCCUGGAGUCUCCAAGACCCGGGUUGAACGUGCAGUGAACAUUUAUGAGGAGAUUCAUCGUGCUGAGCGUGACGCGGAGUUGCAGGACAAGUCCUUGUUGAUCAUGACAUGCAAGUCGGCCCUGGACGUCGUGAAAAAUGAGCUUGGCAAACUGACGGGUGCCAAGAAGCAUGCCUUGACAGUGGCCACCAUCGAACCGAAUGCCACUGACUCCCUCCAAAGGUUCAAGCGUGGGAGGAGGGCAUUUGGGAGCAAGAUUGAGGAUCGUUUCGUUGCUUGCUCAGUGUCUGCCAUCUCCAGCGCGCACUGUGGUGCCAUGCAGUUUCUUGAGGGAGGGGACACCUAUUUCACCAAGUGGCCAGUGAGAUUGAUCCCUGAGAAUGAUAUGACCCCGGACCGGGACGACUCCGAAGACUGCCAUGGGUCAAACGAUGCAAUGGACUUGAACAUGAAUGACAAGAACGUGGUUGCCUUUCCGCAUGAACACCAUUGGACUUUGACGCAGGAGUUCUUGGCGGUCUUCGGCGGCCCGGGCAGUGUCACUUUGAUCGACAUGACCCCAGGCUCUGGUGCAAAGCUCCUCGGAGUGCUCCUCUCCAAUGGCAGGGGAAUCGGGGUUGCCCGCACUGCAGCACACUGCAAAUGGAUGAUGGAGAAUCUGAUUGGAUGGACUCGGCAGAAGCGCCUGGUGCCAAUUACCCAAUUGGUGAAGCCAGACAGCCUGGUGCAGUAUGAGAAGCAGAACAAGCCAGCGCCAGCACCCAUCCCGAAGAACAGCCCGCAGCCGAAGGCAGUGAUGAACACGCCGCAGACCCCGAACCCGUCUCCAUCACCGAGCACACCUGCAGUGCCGAAAUCAGCUGGUAGCAAUGGUGGUGGGCCUUCUCCUCCUGUCAAGCCGACCGGCUUGCUGGAAGCCUUUGGCAAGACCAUCCUCAAGGGCAAGGUCGUGGAGGAAUCUCUUGCCCGCAUGACCUCAUGGAACUUGCGGUCAUUUCGACGACAGCCAUGGUCCCUAGUCAAGAAGGAAAGGAACAAGAACCGAAUCAUCCGCAAGAUAGCUUGUGACUGGGCAGAGGCAAAUGCCAACAAACCUCUGUGGGACAACUUCACAGUGGGUGACCUAGCAAGGUGGCUGGAGAGAAUGCGACAGGGUGGGACUUGGGGAGACACAGCCAUGCUUCAUUGUCUUGGCUGCGCUUUUGGCAUUGACAUUUGUGUUUUGAUCCAUGGCCAGCCCGACCCUGCUUUUGUUGGAGCUUCCUGUUGUGGCCUUGAGGAUGCUGAGAUGAUCAUGGUUGCUUUGAGCAACGACUACCAUUUCUGGGGAUUGGAGCGGGAUCCUUCCUGCGAAGACGACCAAGAGGGACCAGAUCAAGACGUCGCAGAGUAUCCAUGCACUGACCGCAUUGCAGAGAUCUGGAAUGAAGACUCUGUGUCAAACCAGUUAACUUUAAUUCAAUGCCUGCAGGAAUGGGACCCUUGGGCAGUACCAACGGCAACUUUGAUCGAGAACUUCGAGAAGAUCUCAAGCCUGGGCCCUUUGGAUCCUGGAGCUGCCAUGUUUAACGCCCGGCAGUUUGCAUUCUACCAGCUGACACGUGAGCAGCAUGCUUAUGAGGAGUUGAGCCGGGAGAAGCGCUACCAGAAAGCAGAGGCUGCUCUGCGGUCUUGUAACUACCUGCUGACCAAGAGCUCCAGGAAGUUUCCUGCCAUCGCUCACAUGACUCGUUCUGGCUACGAGAACAAUGGUUUCACCUUCCUGGGAGUGACUGUGUGUCAGCGUGCCUUUCAAAUCCUGACUGGGAUCCCAACUGGCACGAUUCAACAAGCCAGGGAUGCUGCUCGUUCGAAUGCAGUCACUGCUUUGACAAAGAAAGAGUUGGGCAUGUGGGCCACCAUUCGCAAUUCUGCCAAAGCUCCUCGCUACUUGGAUGCUCGGUCAUGGCUCGAAGUCCACGCGGAGAAGUAUGCGGAAGCAAAUCCCAUGACCGGCCAAAUGGUGUUGCCGUUUGGACGGAAGUCUGACUACUACCACAUGUACUGUUGGGAGCGCUCUCAGGAAGUGCUGAGCCAUUUGGAUGGGGAGUAUGCUUCCCAACAAACAUUUCUCCAAGCAUGGCGAUGUGAACCUCAGUUCUUGUUGGCCCCCUCUUGCUCCACAUGCUGUCCAUGUCUUUUUGUGUACCUGGUCAUGGAUACUUCACAUGCUGUGGCACCAAUGUUUCAUGUUCCCCUCAUGAUCUCCCUGCCCCAGGAAUGCUUCCAUGUUGUCAUUGCCUCACGCACCAGUAUGUUUGUGGCCUGCCAAGUGUGCAAGUUCCUGCAGGGCAUGAUUGCAUCCACAUCUAGGCAGCAUUCUGAAGUGCUUGAUGCUCUGAAGCUUCGUCUUGGGAGGCAUUAUGCUUUCCAAGCAAGCCAGCGCUUGGCUGACGAACGUCUCAUGGAGCAGGCACGUCGGUCAGACAAUGCCGAGUGGUAG